AUUUUAGAUCUGUCACAUAGUAUAAAAAAUGGCCAUUAAUUUAGAAACAUUCAUGCGACCACUAAAAAGGUCUAGGCUUGGUAUUCCUGAUAUUUAUCCACAAGAUGCUAAACAAGAAGAGGAUGAUCUUUGUGAAUCAAAUGUUAAACGUGGUUUUGUCAAUAAGCUUGCUGUUAAUGGUGAGCAUGGUUCAGCUAAAGAAAUAGCGUACCAAGUUAAUUUAUCUCGGUUUGCUGCGCAGUUUAACAAAAUUCUUUCUCAAAAGCAAAAAAUUAAUACAAUUCAAGAUUCACGAAAGAAAGUUCUUUUGAAUCUUAAAGAUCAUUUUUGGCAUGUGACUGCAAGAAACAAGUCUCAAGUAACAUCUUGGAUGACAGACUUAGCAGCUAAUAAACCAUUGAGUCUACUUGCAAAAAAGGUUCCUAUAUUUAACAAAAAGGAAGAAAUCUUUUUGUGUCUUGCAGAAUUUGGGGUCCCUAUGUUAAAAGCAACUUGGUUCAUAAAGAUAACCUAUGCCCAUCAAGUUGCUACUGCUGAAAGCAAAAUGAAAAAACGUGUUAAUAUUGAUCCAUAUCCAGAAUGGACAUUUGCAAUUAUCAAGUUUUUACACGAUCAGUUACUGAAGCUCUCAGAGCAGUUUAUUCAAUCUUAUAUGACUCAAAAGUCAGAUAUUGAAAUUGCAUCAAAGAAUUGGUCAUAUAUUAUUCAACUUGCUGAGUGGAUGAUAGAAGAGGAGCUCCUUGACAAGCAUGAGUUUUUCAAUUGGAUGGUGGAGUUAAUUGAUAAAUUCAAAUCAAAUAAAGACGAUACAUUGCUUAAAUAUAUUCUACCUUUAAUUCUUCGACAUUUGGAAACAAUUUUGAAAAGUCAAAUUCUGGCUCGUCUAUUAGCAAGUCAUUGUAUUCUAAAGUUAAACGAUCUCAGCUCAUCUACGGUGCUGUUAAAAUGUGGAGAGGAAAGUUUAAGCAAAAUACACCCAAUGAUGAGUGCAUACAAAAAUUGCAAUCAACAUAGUACCAUCAUUACAAUUUUGUCUGGAAUUAUUCAAGCAAUAACUUUGCGUUGUCCAGCAUCAUUAAUUUAUAGUAUUGUUAAAGAGCCUGGUAAAGAACAAGUUGUUGGAUCACCACUUGACAAGCUAAUAGUAUCACCUAGUGCUUUAUUUAACACAGAUAACCUUGAUGAUGCUGAAGAAAAAAAGUUUCAGGAGGAGGCAGUUAUGAGUUUGGAAGAAAAAGAAAACACCAUUUUACAAAGAAGCAUUUUAGUUGAGCAAAGAUGGAGAUCAUCGGAGUAUAAUAAUAUGAGAACUUCUGACGAGAGCAUGUUGUUGCUUGAUGUGUUAGACGAAACUAACUUUAGUUGUUCUGAGUCUGUUGGAACUGGAGAAAAGCUUUAUAAAUUAUUGUUUUCUGAAGACCUUAAUACUGAUGAUAUAAACUUGCAAACAGCAACAGAUGAAAAUACAAUUCUUUUAUUAUGUAAUUGGAGUACAAACAAAAGAAGAUUUGGAAUUCAUAGACCUUUGAUUGCUGCUACUGUUAUUAAAUUAAGAAACACAUACAUAAUUAAAAAAUUUAACUCGGAAUAUAACCAAACCUGUGAAACUAUUUAUCCCAUUCAUAAAACAUUGAUCAAAUUCUUAGAUGAAUUCUCCAGAGACAUUGAUGUUUCUCAAGUUCAUUUUGAAGAUUCUUUUAAAUCAUUAGUUUUCUUGUUCUGUGAACUAAUUCGCUAUAAUGUUUUCAGUCAUGACAAAUUUUUAUGCUCAAUGGUUUCUCAAGCAAUUUUAAAACCAGAGAUAAUCAGCAAAGUUUAUGGGUUAGAUAUCAGCAAAAGUAAAAGUGAGCAUGGAGGUGAUUAUCGCAAUCCAAGUUUAAGUGAUCAUGAUUACGACGGGUCCACAUCAAAUUUUGAUUUAGAUGCAGAUUUUAUGCAUAGUAUUCUUAAUGAUAAUCCUGUAUUUGAAGCUGCAGCUCCGCAGCUGUUUAAUUUAUCAUCUACUUCAGAACUAUCUACUUCCAAAAAGACUACUUCUCUUUCAAGCGCUGAAGCAAAUGCUUUGUAUGUUUUGCACUUUCCAAUACCAAAUGGAGAAAAACACGAAAUUAAUCAGAGAAUGGUUUUACUACUGGGUGUUGGUAAAAUGCUUCACAAAGAAAAGUUGAAAGUUGAAUCAAUAAGGAAACAGCUGUUAGAUGUGUUGAACGGAGGGAAUCAAGAGAAAAAAUCAGAAUUAUUUGGAGACUUCUUAACUUUGUCACAUUUUGAUCAAUUCAGUAUAUCAACAUCCAUUUCUGAAACUGUUAAAAAAAUGAAACAAGCUUUUCCAUCUAAGUAUGGAAUCAUCUCUGAAUUUCCAAGUUCACAACAACUUUUACUACUUUUUGACUUGUUAGAGAUGGCUGGAAACAUACAAGAGUUGUUAGAUUUUCUUGGUUUUUUUGUUGCUCGCCAAGAAAAUACAUAUUUUAGCCAACAAGAUGGUAUACUUUUGCAGCAUUGCGAGCCUUCAAAACUUCUUAUUGUUAUUGCAAUAAUCCAUAAAUACUUCAAGUGCAUUCUUAAUUCUAGUGAGUUAACUGCAACCAUAUUUAAAGGCUUAUUGCAGAGAGUUGAAAAUAUUGCAGAGCCUGGUGUAUGUUCAUCAACUGAGAGAUGCACUCUUGCAUUGUUACACAAGAUGUAUGAAUCUUGCAUGCAUCUUCAGAAUCGCUUCGAAAAUGUGUUCAGCACAGCUUCUAGUAAAAUUUCAAAUGCGAUAUGCUCUAUCAUCCAACCAGCGCAUCCUAAUCUUGUUUGGGAUACUUCUUUUCUUAAAGAUUAUUUUCAUUUGAGAAUGACAAAAAUUGAUGCGAUAUGGAUUGAAUAUUUGCGUAAUGAUCAUCAUGAUGACUUGUUUAGUUUUGUGUGCAAUGCUGUUACUGCUGUGUGUAAAUCUCACAGUAGCACAGGGUUAUACAAUACAAGCAUUUUAUGUUGUGAAGUAACAGCUCGUGUUAGUGCACUAGGUCCUCUAUGGCUAGGUGUUGCCAAGGCUCUUUGUUGCAAACCAUCAAAAGAAUAUGGAUUUAAUGAGUUGUUGUCAACUAUUAAUCUAGGUAGCUCGGAUGUUUGCGCGUCAUUGUCAACAUUUAUAUGCAUUCUGGUUGCAAGAUGUUGUUUUAACAUAAACUGUUUUUUACAAAAAGUUAUACAACCUGCAAUUAUGAGUUUUAAUGACAUGUCUUCUGGAUUGCUAUUAACUUGUAUGAUCUUGGAAAAGCUUUUAAAUAGUUGCAUGGGCCAUCAGUUGACAACAUCGAUGGAGUUAUUUCCAUUAGAACACUAUUUGCUUAUUGGUGGUUUAACAAAUGUUUUAUUUGAAAAUAUGCUACCUAUUUUUAAAUGUCUUCUCACAUUUUCUCAAAAAGCUAUUAUCAAAAAUUCUGAGUUUGAAGAUGUUUCAAAUGAUGAUGUGUUUACGAAUCUAUUUGAGAAUGGAACACUCGAUCCUAUUCCAUCAAAUGAGUUGCUUGAGGCUUCUUUCAUGCAAACUAAAGACAUAAAUUUCACAGCAUCACGAAUCUGGCAAACAUUAAAGAUUUUGUUGAAUCAAAGCUGGAUCAAAGAUCAUUUUCUCAAACACAGUAACAAACAAACUAUUUUAAAGGCUCUAAGUGAUCAGAAUCUUGAACAGGUCCAACAGCUAAUAUCAAUUUUAGUUAAUAAGACCAGUUCAGAUUGUGCUCUAAAGACAUCAGAAUCUUUCCAAGAAACAGCAUCUCGUAUUUGCAUGGAUUUAGACAUAUGGUCAUUGCAUGUAAACACUCUUGAGUUGCUUCUAAUGAUUAAGUUUACAUCUAAGGAGGAAUUACCUAAGUUUUUGUCUGCUAUUGGUCAAGCCAUAAUGACUUCACUAACUGAAGACAGGCAAAAAAACUCUGUGUUAGGAUCUUUAAUAAAUAAACUUUCUGUACCGUUUCAAGGGCAAAUAUUAAAAUCAGCUUUUGAAAUAAUGGAGAAAGAAAAUUGGUGGCAACAUAGUCGUUUUAACUCAUACUGUCAGAAGACAUUGUUUACUUUGAUAUCUAGUUGUGUGAAAAACCAAGAAAGCAAUAAAAAUAUGGUUUUACUUUCAAUUUUGAAACAACUACAAUCACUUGUAUGUGCUCUCGAAGAGGAAAAAUUUGACUUGGCACCAGAAGAGUACAAAUCAUUACUUGAAGGAUUAAAUUUCAGAUUGAAUGUGAUUGGAAUGUUAUUCGAUACUAUUUUGGAGAAAAGUAACAUUAUUUUGGAGUGGACAGUAGUCUUGUUUCAGCUUCUUGUUUCUGACAUUGUUCCAAAACAAGAAGAAGCAGGUUCCAUGUUUAUUAAUAUUACAGACAUGGUGGUUUUAUUAUUGCAAUCACAACAGUUGUUUGAAAAUGCAGUUACACAACAAACUCCUAACAAUGACAAUGCAAAAUUUUCCAGUAUUGUGAGACGAUUGCGGAAGGAGAUUACAAGCCGACCUAUUACAGAAGUCACAGUUUACUGUGAAGAGCUUUUGCCACUGCAUACAGCAAUGUGUGAAGUAGUCACUUCAGAACCUGUUCAUUCUCUAGAUGUUUCACAAGGAAAUGCAUCAACUCCUCUUAAUAAAUCUGAUCACUCAGAUACUCAGUUAGAACAGGGUCUUAUAAUAACUGGUUCUCAAUAUGUUAAUCCUUGGGAACUAUUAGAAGAUUCAAAACAACCUGCUCCAUUAGCAUUUUCUAUGUUUGGAGCUGUUCGUGUUGAAAAGCAAACACUUCAUUAUAUGGAUGAAGUUUCUCAGCUGAUUCAUCAUACUCAUCAACAAACAAAGCCACUCAGUUAUUAUGUUAAUAUCAAUAUUGAAGAGGAAAAUGAUAUACAAAGUCAACCAUCUACACCAUGUACCCCUACUGUUGGUCCAUUGACACCUUUAAACCAAUCAGGAUUAUCACAUUUACUUGCACCAAUAGAAUCUUCAGAUGAAUUUAUUAAGCAAAUGGAUUUAAAAAGAGGGUUUUCUCGAACACAGUUGCAUACUCCUAAUCUGCCAGAAGUAAGAAAUAAGAAGUUAAAACUUUUAACUCAUCACCAGUUAGGUGGUCAUCAAGAUGUUCAGCAGCUAUUCCAACCAAUGCCCCACAAACAGCAGCAUGCUGGUUUGCCUCAAGAACUACCUCAUAACGUUAGAAUAGGCCAUAAUAUUCAUGGCAAUUUGUCACAUGAUAACGCUAAAACAGCUCUUCAGAACAUGAUUGCUCGAAAAACUUCAGCUCCAGCUACUGCCUCGAAUCAACUGCAACAACUUUCUAGACAACAACAACAACUUGAUGUAUUUGGCCAACAGCAGCAAAUUGCUUCAAAUAUCAACAUUUCUGAUGCUAUCCAGUCUAAUUUACAUUCGAUUCAAUCACAAACGGCAUUACAACAACAGCAGCAAAUUUCUUAUCAACAACAACAACAACAACAGAUGAUAAAUGCACAAAUAAAGUUGCAAGUUCAAAAUUUACAAAACCAAUAUCCUCAGACUAAUCAGCAGACGCUCAGAAUGCUUUUAGAAAACAGUUAUGAAAAUCAACACCACGUAGUAACUAGUGAGAGCCAAUCAAGAGAAAAUCUUUUACAAGCAACAAUAAUUUCUCAAAAUCAACAAUUAGCUCAACAACAGUCCAUUCAACAACAGUCUAUUCAACAACAGUCCAUUCAACAGCAGUCAAUUCAACAACAGGCGAUUCAACAACAAUCGAUGCAGCAACAAUCAAUUCAACAACAACCAAUGCAACAUCAAUCAGUUUCCCAACCAAUCCAGCAACAACCGAUUCAACAGCAACGGUCGUUACCUCAGCAAAAUCUAAUGUACCGUCAGUUGUUUAAUUUGCAAAGACAACAGGCUGAAAGCGGUUUUCAAACAGGCGUACAAAGACAGCAGGUUGACAAUGGUUAUCUAUCAGGGAUACAAAGACCACAAGCUGAAAAUAGUUUCCAAGCUGGCACCCAAAGACAGCAAAUAGCAGACGUGACUUUAUAUCAGCGCCAAUUAUCGACACCUGUAAGUGACUACCAGACUCAGGUUUUGAUGCAAUAUCAACAAGGUCAAGCUCAACCUGGUCAUAAUCUUUCCAUGCAACCAAACCAAAGACCCUAACAUUAUGUUAUUUUACUUCUUAGCAUCCUAAAAACUAUUCCUAAUAAACGAGAAAUGGCAAGGAGCACCACUCAAAAAUAAAAUUUAAUGAAUGUGCAUGAAUUUUAAAUAUAUUUUUACAUGUUUGGGUGACUGAAGCAAAUAAAUCGUCUCAUUUAUUCAAUCGUUUUAAUCUUCAAACUUUUUGUUGUUUCAGUACUUUUCUUAGGAAAAACAAUUAAAUUGUAUAAUGUAUGAUUUUAUAAUAGAAUUACUUUAUUUGUGUUUA